AUGAAGAAACCAACAAUCGUCUUCGUCCCCGGCGCCUGGCACCCACCAACAGCCUACGAUCUCCUUCUCCCACCUCUCCACGCAGCCGGAUACACCACGACAUACGUCUACCUCCCCAGUGUCGGCGCCGCAGCACCUGUCGCAUUCGAGGAUGACGUCGCCGCUGUCCGGAGAGUCGUGGCAGGCCUUGUGGAGCUGGGCAGGGAGGUCGUCGUGGUCUCGCACUCGUAUGGAGCGAGUCCAGCGACGGAGGCGCUCAAGGGUCUUGCGAGGAAGGAGCAACAAGAGAAAGGAAUGAGUGGGGCAGUGAUCCAGCUCCUCUACAUUGCGGCGAUUGUUCCGACCAAGGGCGUUACUCCUGUCGAGGCAUUUGGGCCUAUGAAGCCUAAGGAGGAGGGAGGAUCGUGGAUAGUGAACAACGAUUUGGGGGGCGGGUUUGUGUCAGUGAGGAACCCUGAAGAGUGCUUUUACCAUGAUCUUUCGCCUGAGGUUGCCAAGUAUCAUGCCUCCUUGCUGCGGCCGCAGUUCCAGCCGACUGGCUCGAGCCCCUUGACAUAUGAGGCAUAUAGAGAUAUCCCAGCAGCGUAUAUAUUCUGCACAGAAGACCGUGCGUUUCCGAUAGCUGGCCAGAGAAAGGUGGUACAGACGACGGGGAUCCAGCGAACGACGUCGCUGAAGGCAGGCCACUCACCGUUCCUCUCUGAGCCAAAUGGUUUGGUGGACUUUAUCCGCGAACUAAUGGAGGAAAACUGUGGAUGGCGUCGUGUAUUUCCCUUGCAUUUCCUGUAG